GACUGACUCGUUACAGAAUACACGACCCAGCAAAAUGAACCCAGCAGUUUCACGUCUCCUCUGCCUGCGUCAGGGUGGCCGGGCUAUAGAGGAGUAUGUGGCCGAUUUUUGUGAGUCCCGCAGCACCUACCAAGCCACAGUCUGCUAAUGUCAUGCCUGCUAUGCCAAAGCCUGCUCACAUCAUGUCUGCCAAGCCACAGCCUGCUCACGUCAUGCCUGCUACUCCAGGACCUGCUCACAUCAUGCCAGUUAAGUCAAAGUUGACUCAUGUCAUAUCUAUCAAGUCAAAGCCUGAUCACGUCAUGUCUGCCAAGCCAGAGUCUGCUAACAUCAUGUCUGCUACCCUAGGGCCUGCUCACGUCAGGUCUGCCAAACCAGAACCUGCUCCCGUCAUGUCUGCUACGUCAAGUCCUCUUCACGUCACGUUUGCCAAGCCAGAGUCUGCUCACAUCAUGCUGGUCACUCAGGAGAUUCUUCACAAUAUGGCCGCCAUUGAAGAGCUUCGUUGCAAGAUGGCCGCCACACAAGAGUCUCUUCACAAAAUGGCCGCCCUUCUAGAGUCUCGUCACGUCUCAGCUGAUCUUCCAGAGUCUUGUCAUGACAUGGCCGCCUCAUUUCAGAGACUGCUCACACCACGCCUGAGUCCCCGGCCAGGAUGGCCGCCAGGCCUGAGCCCUUGGCCAAGAUAGCCGCCAGGCCUGAGUCCCCGGCCAAGAUGGCCACCACGCCUGAGUCGGAUGCGGAGCUUGGGCGAGGACUGAAAAGACUGAUUGCUAGUGUGAUGGACCCACCACUGAUGUCAGUGAGAGUGGCUGACAUUCCAGUGGUCCCUAUGCUCUCAAGCCCGCCAGGCAUCCCACUGUCUACUGCACUGCCCGUAAUGGCGGUCGCCAUUUUGAGCAUGUGGGCUGCACACUGCACUCCAGAG